AUGGAAGAAAGAAAUGUUCUUGAAUAUGCUGAAGUAAUAAUAGACAGACAAAGAGAUAAGAUUAAUGAAUUAGAAAAACAACUAUUAGAACUAAAAAAUAGUAAUGAAGAAUUACAAAAAAAUAAUAUGAAAAAUGUUGAGGAAAAUAAAUCAUUAAGAAUAGAAUUAAAUAGAAAAAAUGAUAAUGACAUGGUCUUAAGUAUGCAUAUAAAUAAGGAAAAUGAAUUUCUUGAAAAAAUUAAAUUAUUGGAAAAUCAAUUGCUUAAAAGGGAUACACUUUUAGAAGAAUUAAACAAUUUAUUAAAAAAGAGAAAAUACGAAUAUCAAAUAUUGUUGCAGGAAAAAGACAAUCUUAAAAAUACCAUUAAUAUAUUAAGAAAUGAUAUAUGUGAGAACAGAAAAAAUCAGAAAUUAAAAGAACAAGAAUUUUUAUAUAAUGAGAAGCAAAAUGAUAAUUUUUUAAAUUUAUAUAAGAAUAAUAAUGAAGAAUUAAACAUAACAAAAAGAUGCUUAAUACAAAUAGAAAGUGAACUACACAUGUAUAAAAAGCAAAAUGAGCAUCAAAAAAAUGAAAUUCAAAGGUUAUAUAAAAUAAUCAGCUGUAUGAAUAAAGAAAAGACAUUGAUUCCUCCUAUCGUGUUAACUUUACAAAAUGAUUUUCAAAAAAAGAAAAUAAAAAAUGAAUAUACAGAAAUUAAAACCAUUCAAGAACCAUAUACUAGUAAAGUUAAAGAAAAAAAACUAAUAGAAUCAGAGGUAAUUAAUAAUGGUAAGAAUCUAUAUGGGAAGUCAGAAUAUGAUGAAAAUUUGUUAAAAUUAAACUUAAUGCAAUCACAAGAGCAAAAAAAGUUAUUUAACAAAAUACUAGAGACUUUAACUAACAUGCAAGAUAAAAAAAUUAGCAAUAAUGAAUUUGAUUUCUUUUUUUCAUGCUUAGUUUUACAUUAUUAUAAAAAAUCAUCAUCAUCUAAAUUGAUUUCUAGAAGGGAUAAUUCGUUAGAUGAUUCAAACAGUCCAACAUAUGAAUCAACAGGAGAUGGUGAUUAUUAUUCUAGCAACCUUUCCUAUAAUACAUUAGAAAAAGAUACUUUUAACAAAAAAAAGAAAAAAAAAAAAAGGGAGAAAAACGUUGUAAGUAGUGGUUUAUCAACAGAAUUAGAUAAAAAUGGUAAAAAAGCAAAAAAAAACUAUAAUGAAAAUAGUAUAUACAGUAUAACAGAAACAGAAGAUGAUGAUAGCAGUACUGAUUAUUCUACUGAUACUAAAACAAGUAAUAACAGUAAUUCUAUCUAUUCUUCAAGAAAUCAUAUGAAGAAUACAGAUAUUUCUCAUUUAAAGAGAAAAGGUAAAUAUAAAAAGGAAAGAAAUACUCUGCUAAAUUUUGCAAAUUAUAAGGAAAGAUUUAUAGGUAUUACGAGUCAGCAUAUCUAUAUAUAUAACAAAAGGAAAGAUGAAGAACCAAUGCAUAUCAUAAGAUUACAAAACCUUAGGAAUAUUAAAAUGUUAUUUAAUAAUAAAAUAUACGUAAUAGAACAUAUUUCCUAUGGAAAUGUUGUAGAAAAGCAUUAUAUUUUAAUAAAAGACGAUGAUAAAUCAUUGAGAAUGUUUUAUGCUCUACAAUAUGCAGGAUUUAUUAAACAAGACCUGGAAAAGUUGCAAAAAGAGAAGGGAGAUAAAAAAAAUAAGAUGUUUACUUCAACUAAAAAUUAUUAUGAUAAUAAAAAUGAAAAUUUAAAUGAAGAAAUAGAAAGAAAUACUUAUCUUAGUAAAUUGAACUCAGCUAUAUCAGAAAUAAAAGUAGAUAUUUUUACACCCAAUGGAAUAGAUAAAAAUGGUAAUAACAUACCUUAUUUAUCUAGUAAUGUAUUAUUAAAAGGAGAUCUUAAAAGUAAUAAUUUAAUAUUUAUAAACUUAACAGAUGAAAAAUAUUGCAUUAAUUGUGAAGAUUACAAUAUGAAAUAUAAGAAUGACAAAUUUAUUCUCAAUUUUAAUAACUCUAAAGAUCAACACAUCAUAAUACCAAAAAGUAAAGAAUGCACAGAUUUUUUAUUGAAAAUCCUACAUAAAAUGAACUGGAAUAAACAUUUUGAGGAAGAUAAAUCUAAUAAAGACGUAGAUAUAGAUGAUGUUUCAAAUUAUCACAAAGCAUCUUCACACAUCUCUAGUAGCUAUACAGAGAGAAAAUAUAAUGAUGAGGAUAGAGAAAAAUCAUUUGAAACAGAAAAAGAAAUAGAAAGAGAAAAGGAAAGAGACAGGGAAAAAGAAAAAGAAGGAGAAAGAGAAAAAGAAAGAGAAAGAGAAAGAGAAAGAGAAAGAGAAAGAGAAAGAGAAAGAGAAAAAGAAAAAGAAAAAGAAAUAGAAAUAGAGAAAUUAAAGGAAAAUGAAAAGAAAAAAGAUGAUGCAUCAUCAAAUUCUUCUAAUUCAGAUAAAAAUGAAGAUACCUUUUUUAUAAAAGAUAAUACUCUAUAUAUAUCAAAGGACGGAUAUCCUUUUAAAAAAAAUUUAAUGAGUUUUAAUGACGAAAAUGCUAUUAAAUUUAUCAAUGAAAAUUUAGCAAUAUUAAGAGAUGAUAAUCUUCAAGAAUUAACCAUUAUAAAGAAUCAAAAAAAAAGAGAUGAAGAAACUUAUAUUUUUCAUUAUCCUAAGAAAGAAAAAUAUGACCAUUUAGUGGAUGAAUUAUGUAAGAAUAAUUUUAAUAUAAUAAAUAAAUAUUUGUAUGAGAAAAUUAAAAAAGAAGAAAAAGAGAAAGAAGAAGAGGGGAAAAAAAGUGAAAAUUAUAAGGAUUUAGAAGAUAGAAAUGAAGCAGAAAUAGAUAAAAGAGAAAAAUUAGAUCUAUAUAUGGAGAAUAAUCAAGCCGUUGUUAUAGAAAAAGGAUUAUUGUUAAUUUAUAAAGAUUAUGGAAAUGAAAAUUCAGUUCCUAUAAUGAAAUUUUUAUCUGAUUCUUGUGAUGUUCAUGCAAAUGAAAGUAGUGGAGAAAUUAGCAUAAGAGAUACAUCAAAUAAUACUAAUGAACGAAUAGUUCUUGAUUGCUUAAAUAAAACUGAAUUUAAUAGAUGGAAAACAGCUUUAGCCUUUGGUGGUUUUUUAAAGGAAACAAAUAUCAAUAACUCUCUUAUGAAUUUAAAAAAGCAUAUUUUUUCUAUAAAUUUAUUUGAUAAUUUUGAUGUAAAAAACUUAGUAAAAGUUGAAGAUAACUUCUUACAUAUAUAUCCAAAUAGUAAUUUUAUUAAACCAUUAUUUUCCUUUGACAGAGAAAAAGUAGAAUUAAUAAUGAUACCCGAAUUAAGAAAAAUAAGAAUUUAUUUACAAAGAGAUACACAAUACGAGCAACGAUAUGAUAUAACAAUUGCAUUAGCUCGAGAUUUUACAAACUUAAAGGAGGAAAUAGAAAAAAAGGAUUUUUAUCCAUUGAAUAAGAAAAAAACACAAAAAAUUAAAAAACCAUUUGUGUUAUGUAAGACCAAUACUAUUGCUGUACAUAGAGACAAAUAUACAUUAAAGCCAGAGCUAAUAUUAGAAAAAAAAAAUUGCACUGUUAAUAUUGAUAAAAAUAAUUUUACUAUAACUUUUACAAUCAAAAAUAAAUUAAGCACUACUCCUGAAGAAACAAAAAGUAUUACUUUAUCUAACUCAGUGAAUUUUAAUAAAUGGAUGAUAACUUUAAAACUAGCAUCAUUUUUAUCAAUGCAGCAUAAUUUUGAGGAUAAUAUUUCAUUUCCUUCUAUUUCUUUUGGUCAUACUUGCCCUGAAGCAAUAAGUCUAUUAAAAAAAAAAAAUUUGAUAUUAAAUUAUUUCAAAAAAAAAGAUAAAUAA